CAAGGCAGGAACAAUCUGAGCUCUGUCGCUUUCUGUUGCGAGCAGAUAGAUGUCUCUCCAGGAUCCAGGGUUCCAGUACAUACUGACUGUACCUCGUGGGAGGGUUUAGUAAGUCCGAGGGUGGCAUUAAGUUUCCUAGGACAGACUCAUCUUUGCAGAUACCAUUGCAGAACAGAAAACAGACCUAGAGAGACAUUUCCUCCCACACACCAUCCCAAUUCCAUUGGUCCUUAAGGCAGCCAAAUUACAAGUCCUGAAACACAGCCUCGUCAUUUCCAGCACUCUCGGCAUGGACAGCUCCUGCAUUCUGGGCGCUUCCUCUGCAGUGAGCCGCGGGAGAGCCACAGCUCCGGGUGCAGCACGCGACUGACCCGCGCGCGCUCGCUCCUCCCUGUCCGCGCUCUCCCCCACCCCGCCUUAGCUCACUCUACCGGGCACUUUGAGGGAUUUCCUCCUGGGGCGGCCUUUGCAGCAGCAACACAUCUGCCUGGUUGGUGGCAACUGCGAGCAUGGAUCUCCGAGGAAGAGACCUUCUCAGUGGAGACAGACUUCGGAUUCUCCUGAUGCUCUUCCAUGCAAUGGCCCAAACCGUGGCAGAACAAGAAGUGGAAAAUCUUUCGGGCCUUUCCACGAACCCCGGGAAAGACAUAUUUGUGGUGCGGGAAAAUGGGACGACGUGUCUCAUGGCAGAGUUUGCAGCCAAAUUUAUUGUACCUUAUGAUGUGUGGGCCAACAAUUACGUGGAUCUGAUCACAGAACAGGCUGAGAUCGCCUUGACCCGGGGAGCUGAGGUGAAUGGCCGCUGUGGCCACAACGAGUCGGAGCUGCAGGUGUUCUGGGUAGAUCGCGCCUACACACUCAAAAUGCUAUUUGUAAAGGAAAGUCACAACACUUCCAAAGGACCAGAGGCGACUUGGAGGCUGAGCAAGGUGCAGUUUGUCUAUGAUACCUUAGAGAAGACUCACUUUAAAGACCCAGUGAGUGCUGGGAAGCACACGGCCAACUCUCAUCACCUCGCUGCCUUGGUAACCCCAGCCGGGAUGUCCUAUGAAUGUCAGGCUCAGCAGUCCAUUUCUCUGGCCUCCAGUGAUCCGCAGAAAACUGUCACCAUGAUUCUGUCCGCAGUGCACAUCCAACCCUUUGACAUCAUCUCUGAUUUCGUCUUCAGUGAAGAGCAUAAAUGUCCAGUGGAUGAGCGAGAGCAAUUGGAAGAGACCUUGCCCCUGAUUCUAGGUCUCAUCUUGGGCCUUGUCAUUGUGAUAACACUUGUGAUCUACCACAUCCACCAUAAAAUGACUGCCAACCAGGUGCAGAUCCCCAGAGACCGAUCCCAGUAUAAGCACAUGGGCUAAGGACCAUUAGGCAGACAGCCUCCAGGUCCUGCUCCCCAAAACUGGAUCAUUUGGAACAACAAUGGCACUUCUCACCUGUACACAGGAUACACCAACAUAGCUACACUCCAACAGGCCUGGGCACCUGAGUCUUGCCUGGCCUGUGUCCAUGCUUAAACCCAGGCAUGGUGGGCAGGUCUUGGGAUUUGUGGGUUGAAUGGUGACUAUUGUGUCCAUGCUGGGGAGGAAGUGGGGGUGGGUGGGUUGGGUAAUAGACAGCUUUCAUGCUCAUGGUAGCUUAGUUUUGAAUCUCUGACUUUGUAAGUCUACAUCACCCAGAAAGGAAGAGGUGGCCCUUAUAUUUAGAAACUGGAAACCCUUCAUUUGGGAGAUCUCUAUUUGCUCCCUUGGCCUCAGCUGGUUUACUUACAUGGUUUUCUUUUCUGUCUUUCUUUUUAUUUAAUAGGAAACUUUUUAAAUUUUUUCUCUCAUAUAUAUUACAUCCCUACUGCAGUUUCCCCUCCCUCCUUUCUUCCCAGUGUACCCCGCCCCACCAUCCACUCUUCUACCAGGGAUACUAAAUAAACAUAGCAUAUCAAGUUGCAAUAAGACUAGGCACCUCCCAUUAUAUUUAGACUGAAUGAGGCAACCCAGUGGGAGGAAAAGUGUCACAAAAGUAGGCAAAAGGUCAGACAGCUUCCAUGUCCACUGUUAGGGGUUCCACAAGAAGAUCAAGCUACACAACUGUAACAUAUAUGCAGAGAGCCUAGGUCAGACCCAUGCAGGUCCCUGAUGGUUGGUUCAGUCUCUGUGAGCCCCUAUGAGCCCAGGUUAGCUGUUUCUGUGUUUUUUCUUGUGAUGUCAUGACUCCUCUGGCUCCUUCAAUCCUUCCUUUCCCUCUUCUGCAGGAUUCCACAAGCUCCACCUAAUGUUUGGCUGUGGGUCUCUGCAUCUGUUUUCAUCAGUUGAUGGAUACAGCCUCUCUGAUGAUGAUUAAUCUAGGCUCCUGUCUAAAAGUAUAGUAGAAUAUUAUUAGGAAUCACUUCAUUGAUUUUUUUUUGCCUAUCAUGUCUAGUUCUAUCCUAGGUGUCUGGGCUACCCAGCCUCUGGUUCCUGGCCCUUCAGGCAAUGUCAGGGUUGGACUCCCUCUUGUGGCAUGGGUCUCAAGCCAGACUGGACAUUGGUUGGCCACCUUUACCACAGCACCUCUUGUAGGCAGGACAAAUUGUAGGUUGAAGGUUUUGAGCCUGGGUUGAACUUACAUGGUUUCCAAUGCACACAAAAUGCAACCUCAUACUCCCUGCAGCAAGAUCCCUGAACGAUCCAUGCUUCUGGCUGGCACUCUGCAUGUCUAGUGGUUGUUUGGGAAUGUUUCACUGCUACCUGCAUCCAGUGACUUUGCAGCACAAGAAUCCGUCUAAUGUCACUAUGCACAGUUGUUUGGAAUUCAUAAUAUGUCAGGUCCAAGUGAGGGGACCUAAAGAAUCAAUCCAUGUGAGUUUGCUUUUGAAAACGAAUUAAAAAAACAACAACACUA